UAACUCUCAAGCUUCCAGAAGGCUCCAAUGAGGUGCUGCUCAAAAAUCUCUACUUGUCCUGUGACCCAUACAUGAGGAAUCUCAUGAGCUACAUUGAAGGCACCAAGGACGAGGGAUUUCCUUCCUAUACCCCUGGUUCUGGGGAAACCGACCAACACUACCCGGGAAGGGGUAGGGAGAGAGGGGAGCGGCGAAACUCCGGUGAGGGGGGUGGCGAGAUGACGGUCUUGACGAUGCUCCGUUGUUCGUCAAGCCCGGGAGGGGUCCCUGCAGCUGCGGCGACACUCCGACGCUCAAGUUAGAACGUGGGUUAAUGGAGUGAGAAAAUGGGGAUAGAUGAAUGUGUACCUUAAGUUCUCUAUGACAUGACUUUUAUAGAGUUUGGGAUUGCACGGUUCGAGGCGGUCAUGAGUGCCUAGUUCAUCUUCGAGCUCCGUGCCUUUGCCUCGAUUGCUGGUCCAUAAUUACUUAGUUGGCCGGUCGGGGUAGAUCGUCCCUAGUCUUGGUCGGGUAAGGAGACAGCGCGGUCGACCCGGGGGUGAUCGGUUGGAGCGUCUCCUAGAACAGUAACCAUACAAUUACAUAUAAAGUUGAGAAAGAAGAAGUUAAGAUGGUGAAAUAUGAUUGGAAGAACCGUAUCAAUUCCAUUCCAAACCACUCAAUUGUGAACCAGAUUGAGUACCCUUUUUCCAAACUCCUAAACAUAUAGCAUUAGUGUUUUUGAAACCCAUUUAGACGGUCCAUGCAUCCAUUAACAGGAUUUGGUGCAUCUAAAGUUCUGGAAUCUGGACACACAAAUUAUGAGAAAGGUGAUUUAGUAUGGGGGUUUACUAAAUGGGAAGAGUAUAGCUUGGUCGCCUCAACUUCAAUACUUUUCAAGAUAGAGCACACUGAUGUCCCCCUUUCAUACUAUACUGGAAUUCUUGGUAUGCCAGGAAUGACCGCGUAUGCUGGUUUCUUUGAAGUAGCCUCUCCUAAAAAAGGAGAGAAUGUUUUUGUUUCAGCUGCCUCGGGCGCAGUUGGUCAACUAGUUGGGCAAUUUGCUAAACUGACAGGUUGUUAUGUUGUUGGAAGUGCUGGAAGCAAAGAGAAGGUGGAUCUAUUGAAGAAUAAACUAGGAUUUGAUGAAGCUUUUAACUACAAAGAAGAGCCAGACCUCAAUGCAACUUUGAAAAGGUACUUUCCAGAAGGAAUUGACAUUUACUUUGAGAAUGUUGGGGGCAAGACACUUGAUGCUGUACUCCUAAAUAUGAGAGUCCAUGGCCGCAUACCUGUCUGCGGAAUGAUCUCACAGUAUAAUCUUACUCAACCUGAAGGUGUAACAACUCUAGCUAAUCUCAUAUACAAGCGGAUUCGUAUGGAAGGUUUUGCUGUAUUUGAUUUCUAUCACCUUUAUCCCAAAUUCUUGGAGUUUAUCCUGCCUCAUAUCAGAGAAGGGAAGAUUGUGUAUGUGGAAGACAUUGCUGAGGGCUUGGAGAAUGGCCCUGCAGCCUUGGUUGGCCUCUAUAGUGGUCGCAAUGUUGGUAAACAAGUGCUUGUUGUUGCUCGUGAAUGAAUGCAUGUUGUUGUUUUCUUUUUAAGCUUUCCUUUAGUUUUAUUGUUGAAUAUCAGACCCUCUUUUUUUGUAGCCUUUGCAAUCAUGUUCCUAAGUUGUGGUGUUUAUAAUAGUCCUGUUAGUGUGGUGAUAUUUUGGAAUAAAACCUUUUUAUAUGUGCUA